UUUUCCAGUUCAGUCGAAGGAGGAGGCCGAGUCGAAAAAUGGCUGACGGUGUGGAUCACAUCGACAUUUACGCGGAUGUGGAAGAAGAGUUCACCCAGGAAGCAGAGUACAACGUCCACGAGCAGAUAGACCUGUACGAUGAUGUCAUCUCACCCUCCGCCAACAACGGGGACGCCCCAGAGGACCGGGACUACCUAGACAACCUCCCCCCACCUGUGGGCAGUGAGGGGGGCAAGGGCGCCCCUCCCAAUGUGGUCUACACCUACACUGGCAAGAGGAUCGCCCUGUACAUCGGCAACCUCACAUGGUGGACGACCGACGAGGAUCUGACCGAUGCCAUUCGAUCCGUCGGCAUUAACGAUGUGCUGGAGAUCAAGUUCUUCGAGAACCGGGCCAACGGGCAGUCCAAAGGGUUCGCCUUGGUUUGCGUGGGAUCAGAGGCCUCUUCCCGGAAGCUGCUGGACCUGCUGUCCAAAAGGGAGCUUCACGGCCAGAACCCCAUCGUGACCCCCUGUAACAAACAGUCACUCAGUCAGUUUGAAAUGCAGUCCCGGAAAAGCACACAGUCGGGGCAGAUGUCCGGGGAGGGCAAGGCCGGCCCCCCAGGAGUGGGCCCUCGCGGCGGGUUCCCCCUGGGUCGAGGUAGGGGGCGUUUCCCCGGCCCCCCCGGCCCCGGCAGCGACCGCUUCCCAGGGCCCGUGGGACCCGGAGGGCCACCCCCUCAUUUCCCAGGAGGUCUUCAAGGGCCCCCACGCCCCCCACCUGGCCCUCCCGGCCCCCCAGGUCCCCCGGGGCCGCCUCCUCCCGGACAGGGCCUGCCCCCGCCUCUUUCUGGGCCGCCCAAUCGGGGCGACCGCCCCCCUCCCCCAGUGAUGUUCCCGGGCCAAUUCGGCCAGCCGCCGAUGGGACCCAUCCCUCCCGGCCCCCCGCCCCCUGUCCCGGGCUACGGCCCGCCUCCCGGCCCCCCUCCCCCCCAGCAGGGCCCCCCUCCCCCAGGACCCUUCCCUCCUCGCCCCCCAGGUCCCAUCGGGCCCCCGCUCGCCCUGGCCCCCCCGCCUCACAUGCCCGGCCCCCCUCCUGGCGGCCCGCCCCCAGCCCCCCAUGUCAACCCGGCCUUCUUCCCUCCCCCCGGAAACAGCAACAUGCCGUCGUCCGACAGCCGCGGACCCCCUCCCAGCGACCCCUACGGCCGCCCGCCUCCCUAUGACCGCGGAGACUACGGCCCCGCCGGCAGUAACCCGCGACCCUCGCUAAUCUGCGGGUAUGACCUAGGACCCCGCGACCCGUGGAUAAAUGAGGGAACGGUCACUCUGAAAAAUGGCGACCAGCACUUACGCGAUUCGAGCGAUUCAGGGGAAAUGGACGCCGCUCGAACCCCUCUGAGCGAGGCCGAGUUUGAGGAGAUCAUGAACCGCAACCGGGCCAUCUCCAGCAGCGCCAUCUCCAGGGCGGUGUCAGACGCCAGUGCAGCUGACUAUGGAAGUGCGAUCGAGACCCUGGUGACGGCGAUCUCCCUGAUAAAGCAGUCCAAAGUGUCGGCCGACGACCGCUGCAAAGUGCUGAUCAGCUCCCUACAAGACUGCCUGCACGGCAUUGAGUCCAAGUCUUACGGCUCCGCCUCCAGACGGGAGAGGUCCAGGGAGAGGGACCACAGCCGCUCCCGGGAGAAGAGCCGGCGCCACAAGUCCCGCAGCCGCGACCGCCACGAGGACUACUACCGCGAGCGCAGCCGAGAGCGCGAGCGACACCGCGAGAGAGACCGGGACCGUGAGAGAGACCGGGACCGCGAGAGGGAGUACCGCCACCGCUAGGGAAGCUGAAGGAAGAGGAUCGGGAAUCGCAAGGCUCCGCCGGGCCCCAUCAGGGAUGGACCAGCCUCUCACCCAUCUGUCUGCGUACGGAAGGACUGGCUUUCAGCCUACACCACUGUGUAAGGCAGAGCAGCAGUAGAAUAAAGCAAAACCAACACUCAUGGUAAAAGAAAAAAAAACCUCCACAGCUCUUUUUUUUAUUUUUUUAUGUUGCUUACAAAGUUUUAUUUGAUAUUAAAAAAAUGAAAUAAAACCUGUGUGAUUAAAAGUUACUGCUUUGCAAAAGAUAAAAUUGCCUGUUCUCCCAUAAAAAAAGACAUACAGAACUUUUUUGACAGCUCAUAAUGUGUAAAUUGUCAUUAGAAAUUGUCAUUAGAAAUGUUUUUAUAGGUUUUUUGUUUCGUUUUUUUUUUUUUUUCCCUGGAUUGUUGCAGUGUUAUCUCUUGUUUGGAUAAUGUCUGUAAACGUGAAGGCUUUGAUUAUUAAAUAUAGAUUUAGUGUUGUAAUAAACCGUUUACUGGGGCUGAUGCUUGUUCAUAUGCUACAGUUUCCUCUUGCAUUCCUCAACUCGCCAGUCCUCUUCAUUUAUAUUAAAUGUGUAUGUGUCGCGCCAAUUCUUUCAUAUUGAAUUAUACCAAAUUCAGUAGCGGCUUUGCCUGUUUUCGUGGAGGGAGGUAUGGUCUGUGUACAGGGAUUGCAUCUCCUUUGUUUUUUCCAUAUUAAGUCAUUGACAGCAAUAUCCAUGAGAUGCAAAUUACAAAUAUGCCUUGUGGUAGAAUGAUUCAUUUGUUGCUGGUCAAACACAUUUCGAAAUAUAAAACUCCUGUUUUGUUGUAAAGCUUUGCGUUUGUCAUGCAGUAGCUGUGACAGUUGGCUGUCUAUACACACCAGGCCUGUGAUUUUUUUUUUUCCUUUUUUAUGAGAUAUCACCAUUACCUUGGUGCAUUCAACAGGGAUAGUGCUCCUGGUGAAUUUGACAUUUGACAUGAAUACUGACAACUGUUUUGGUGAUUGCUGAUUUCUGUUCUGUGAGUGUGCAUGAUACUUGGACAGAGACCAUAUCAUUAACUAGGAGAAAGUUGUAUUUUCAAUGCUUUUUGUAGACACUUUUUUAAGGCCAGGCGGUAAAAAUGGCAAUGGGCAGUGACUAUUUUUGGAUUUCAUUUGAAAUGGCAUCAAGCAUUUAAUGAGCUGAAGUUUCACCAAAUUCACUGGAUUAGUCUUAAUUGUCGAAUUUUUUUCUAUUUGUACAACUUCAAAAUGAUCAUAUGAAGGUUCUCAGAACAGAGGGCAAGUCAUUUGAAAUGGUCUUAACCACUUGGUUGAAAUUGUUCAGCAAACUUUGUGGCAUUGUGUUGAACACGUUGUGUCAUUUUUUGGUGUUGUAAGGCGAUGGUAAGUCCAGUAGUCUUACUGUGAACGCAAAAUCACAGCUGCACUGAUUUUUAAAUAUUAGCUCUAUGGCAACUGCAUUAGGACAAAUGCUCUGAGAGGUAUCAAAAUUUGAUUUUUGUAUUGAUAUUUAAACCUUCCAUUUGUGAAUGUUCUGUGUCCAUGAUAUGUUUUUACCAUGUUUUCAUGAAUUCAAACUCAGUGACACAUGGUGGUGAUCUUUGAUUGCCAUAUGAAAUGCUGGUUUAAAAAAAAAAAGACCAGUGUUUUUAAUGACAUUUAGGGGUGUGGUGGUGGUGGAGACUGGCUGUAAAUUGUAAUGCCAUUGGAGAACAGAUUCUUGGGUAGCUUUAGUGGGUUUUUAAAUGCAGCAUAUGUAGAUGUUGGUGUGAGAAGCCACCAGGGGUCAAAGCAAGAGGCCACAGCUCCAGACCUCACGCGGCCAGCUCGGCUGUCUAUAGCCUUGUCUCUUCAGUGCCAGGAGAGGUUCAUUACCCAGCCUGCAUUUAGGAUCUCUCGUUCUUACACAUUUUCCAAGCAGUAGCCAGUGAAACCCUCUCGAGCUGUUGCCACGGGAGACAGGAGGUGUGUCCUCUUGCUGCCAGUGAGUAUGCUACACUUACAGGAAGUCCCUUCCCACCAGCUCGUUACCAUAAUUGUGGAUCAAGAAUCUGAAUUUGUGGGGGGGGGGUUUUCCAUGAAUGUCCCAUAAUUGAUUUUUUUACAAA